AUGAACACCGACGCUAACCUAACAGACUUUCAAUGCGAGUACCCGGCUAUCGAGAUCGGUCUCCAAAUCAAAAUCUGUACGGUUUUAAGCGCGAAAAGUCUAUUACUAUGAUAAUUUCGUUAUUUUUCAGUGCUCGCUGUGGCCUACGGAAUAGUUGGAGCUCUCAGCUUGGUCGGAAAUCUUGCGGUUCUGAUUAUUGUCGUGUGUAGGCGGGAAAUGCAAACGGUCACCAAUAUCUUUAUUAGCAGUGUUUCGGCUGCUGAUCUGGUCAGUUCAGUUUGAUCUAAUAGUUUGAAUGUACUCUACUCGUUCGAUUUCUGAAUUUCUUGUUUUUCUCUUUUCUUGUUUUGUUGAAAAUAGGUGGGUGUCUGGUUUCUAGACAAGUAACAUGAUAUAGGAUGAUGUGAUUGCCAUGGGCGCAGCGCCCUAAUUAGGUAUUUUCUCUCGACUUCCUGCAAACUUUUUGAAAGAGCAUAAACAGACGAAUCAGUUUUCAGGUCAUCACAAGUUUUUCCUUGUGGGCCACCCCAUUGGCCUACUACCAACGCGUGUGGUACUUUGGAAAGUACAUGUGUUACAUGGUGUCCACAGUCCAGGGUCUGUCCCUGAUGUGGGUGCCGUUGACCCUGGCGGCCGUCGCCCUCGACCGCUACACAUUGGUCGCUUCGCCGUUCCGUUUGCCGAUGAAAAAGAAGUAGUUCUACUCUGAACUUGCACCUACCUCACCGUUAUCUUCUUUUCAGGACGUGUCUGCUGAUAAUUGCGGGGAUCUGGAUGGGCGGUUUCGCCGUCCUUUCACCCAUGAUCCGAAUGGUUGAAUUUGUUGACAGCUACGGACCAUGCCAUGUAAGCGCUCUUCUCAAUCCAUCUUGAAUCCAAUCUGCUUAAGCCGACUUUUCCACCACCAAUUAGAUGUUACAUUUAUACAUUCAUUUUUGAGCUUGGACUGAGAAACUAGAAUGUACGGAAGACAGGGACAGGCCUAAUCCUAAGCGGCUGAAAAGAUAAAAGAUUGGUUCCUAGUGGUGGGCUAAGUGUCCGUGAUAAUGUAUUCAAAGGGAACGAAACGUGUCACUCAGAAGCGAAACCUUUUCGCGCCCAACUCCCAAACAAUGAAGUGGGGGACGCACUUGCAAUGAGCAAACAACACAUUUUCCGUCCUUUCCCCUCAUUUUUUCCUUCCGCUCGCUUUUUUUGGAGUGAAUAUUUGGAAAUGCAGGCUCGUAAUAAGAUUAAUGGGGUCAAGCUGGGUCAAAAAUCUCCGAUGAUGACAAUACAAGAUUCUGCAAAGACGUAGGAGGAAAUCUUACAUAUUCAAAUAUAAUGACCAUCAUUGGAUUCAAUAGAAUUAAUCUAUCUGAUAGUACAAGUUUAUUUUAUUAUUUUUGUCUGGCACGUGCCACGCCGCACAAUAAUAGAUCUAAUUCACCGGAAGAAACCAACCGGAGAGGAAAUGGGAGAGGGGGAGACAAAUUUUUGGAAUGAGCGAAAACAGGCUAAAGGAUUACGAGAAAAUACAUAGUGGUGAGAGCAUUCUGGAGAAUUUGACAAAACACGUAUUGCAGUUCUGCCUGGAAUCUUGGGACCAUGACAAUCAACACUAUCGUCUGUUCUACGGACUGUCAGUUCUGAUCAUCCGAUCAGCGAUUCCGUUGAUUCUCAUCUCGCUUUGUCACUGGAGAAUCGCGGUGAUUCUGAACACGCAGACGAGGAAGUUUCAAACUCUUCGCAGUGCCAGGUUUGUUCUCCGAAUUCCUUCCUGGAUAACGAGCAUUUCUGUUUUUGAGCUUUCAGUGUCGAUUACACUCUCUUUUCAGCACCGCCACCCAAUCGACAGACAUCCGCCGCAAACAACGUCUUCAGACACUUCUUCUCGCGAUGGUUGUCAUUUUUGCCGUCUCGAGUCUGCCAUUGGACUUGUCCAAUGUUCUUCAGGAUUUGAUUUUUGUGUAUCAGGUGAGUCGUCGGAAAACGAGACCAGACCGAGCAAUAUAUCAAUCUCUCAAUUUGAGUUGAAGCUUGAGCCUAAUGCAUACGGAAAUAGAGCGGUGGGAAAGGGGGAGGGGGCUUGGUUUGGACCACAGAGUUCGGGAUCGAAGAGUGAUGUCAUUACUUUCGCUUUCAGGUCCGUCCGGUUGCGGAAAGCGUCCGCCACUUUAUCUUCUUCUUCUGUCACUGGACCGCCAUGGCCGGAACACUGCUCAAUCCGCUCGUGUACGCGUAUUACAACGAAAACUUCCGGCGUCAGAUUCAGGUCUGUGAGUUUUGAAAAAAGCAGACGUCGUCUGAAGCCGUCUGUUUUCUGGUGUUUGAGUGGACAAGUUCUCAAGCCCUUCAUUCAUUUUUGUCCAUUUUCAGACUUGUCUUGGAGAAAUGCGCGGGCAAGGAGAGUUCAAAAGGGGCUUGUACUCGAUUGUGUCGGGAAGGUACUCGUACAGGUAAUUUGAGUGAGACUCUUCCGGAAGUAUCGCGUUCUCUGUAUCAGGGAAACUUUCAGAGGCGAAGACGAAGCCGCCGCCACCUCGGAUCGCCGUCGGAAUACUCGCAUCGAGCUGGCAAACAAUCAGUCCGCCGACAUCGAAAUUAUCCAAACCGAUCUCUAA